UAGGUUUCAAGUACAUCAAAUGGAAAUGCCAAAAAAUCUACUCCAGUUGUUUGUACUGCCACCUUGUAGGUGUUUCGCAGUACUACGAUUGCACAACAGGAGAGAUCUAAGAGCUUGAGCUUCUUUGCUUUGUGGGGGGAGAGUAGCAGGAGGAGAGUCGUAGUUCGCAGUUGUUCUACUCAGAUUAAUAUAUAUAAUACCUCUCAAAAAAUGUGAUCUUGGCCGACCGAGAACCGUGGCACUGCGCCAAUCCAUUGUUCUCACUAUUGCGGGCGGGGGUCGCGCGCCCAAUUUUUGCCAAAUUCGCCCCUGGCCGAGAAGAGUGACGGCACGCGAGGUUCAGCGUCAAAGAGAAUACCCAGCGGCAGUCGUCGACCUCAAGUUGUACUAGCUGCCCUCACGCACAAUGUUGCAGUCUAGCAGGGUCGCCCAUGCGCGAAGAGGGGAAGCUCCCCUUAUGCGGCUUUUCGGGUGGCAUCAGAAAGACGUAAGGACGAUGGCGUCCUUUUCUAUUUUAAGUCUUCAAUACAUUAUUUUGAAUAUUACAUAGCCCUCCUCGAAAAAGUCAAGACGGCCUAAGUUUCUAUACUGAAAGAGCAGCCGCACCACACAUCCACACGAGCCACAGAUUCUCUUACGCGUUCUUUUCUUUGACUGGUUUUUGCAAAUGCAGCACGAGAGACAUCGAAUAUUUACAGGGUGGUCCCAACUGGCCUGCGCGACCUGGUCCGAUCAACUGUGUGACCGGGGAUCUUCCGUACCGGCACAAAGAAAUGGGUGGCUACUUCGUCUUUCCCGGGCAGGCUCCAUACUCGCUCAUCAACGCCAUGCGAGGCAUCCAACCUAUGAUCGGGCACCCGAAGCUGCUCGAUCACAACCACAAAGUCGCAAGAAUGACCUACGACUUGACCAAGCACUUCAACGCGCAAGGUACAACCACUCUGAUUUUGCAAAUUAAUAAAUUGUUUUGUCGCGCCGGCCGAUGAACAUGAAAUGGUCCUUUCAGUUCCAGAGUUGAUCGACUUCGACAGCACUGCAGCUCUGGAGAUAAAAAUUUCCGACCCAACACUUGUACCCCAGACCGAUACCACGCCCUGUCUUUGAAGCAGUACUGGCAGCUGAUGUUUGUGCAGGCUUACAACGAGCGAUAUUGGCUCUGGGCGGUAAUGAUGCCACUUUCCGCGAUUGCCUUCAACUUCAUGUUUUUCGUUCGCCGAGAACCUCCAGAGCACUACUGCGACUCCGAAGAGUAUAAGUUGAUUUCUUGGUGCGCACUUCUGUGAUGGAAGCUGAGCAGGCACUUUUGUGUUCGUGCUUGUUACGCUCCUCCGGAUAUAGGCAUAUGUUGAACUUUGUCUACUUUGAAACCGUCCAAAUAGCCGGCACAGUAUUCUGAUUUCUCGAUUUACAGUCGUCCAUGAUUGAAGAUUUUGAUAUGGCAAUAUUGGUACGCUCCUGAUGCCAAUGUAGCUGCCUGUCGUUCUGGUCUCCAGGUAUUGGUACAAUUUCGAUCUGUAUGCGUACGGAAAGGAGCUUGAUCACCACGCCAUCGACCACAUGAUCGAGGCCCGGCUCGCAAACAAGUGGGGCUACGUGGAUCCGCACACCGCUCAUCAUUAGGGGUCUUGGAUGCACGUUGAACGUGAAGGGCGCGCUGCCGGGAUACGCCAAUUGCUUUCCUUUCUGUGGUUCGUCGGUCCAUCAUGCGCUACGCCCCAUCAUUCGAAAUAUGGACAGAAGUGCACGAACAAGUUUCACUCGUACUUGUUCCACUUCUGCUUUCGCACGUCGUACAAGUGCUGGUGGGCACUUCUACCGCGGCAGAUUAUCGAGAUCAUCAUCAAGAUGAAGAUAUACUUUAGAUUGGAGCUGAUGAAAAAAGAAAAACCAUUGUCGUGACAAGGACAUCUUAUUAUGAUCGACGGACACGGGCGGGCUGCCCUUGACCGAGUAGAAAACUGCGCCACAGGUGAUCGUUGUCGUGUUUACUUUCUCUGUUGUGCUUCUCAUGGCGUCUUCGGCAGCAUUGUCUUCGUGUUCGGGCGGGGGAAAGAACUUUUUUUGUUUAUUGAAAGAUACUGACCGCUACAUACCACUUGGACAUAAUAUUUAUUGUCCGCUCCAACAUCCUCAACCAAGUCCAUGUCCAAGAGCAAGAAUCGAAUACCCUUUAU